GCUGCAACCUGCAGCUGCGUCUGUGUCAAAUACAAUAUGGAUGACCAAAAAUAUAUGGUGUGCGAGUUUCCAAAUGAAGAAAACAGUAUAGCUAUUGGAUAUUUGGAAUGGCUGGAAGAUGAAUUUACAAUUACUGAAUUAGAUGACAUAAUUAAAUGCGAGACAAUAGUGAAAGUUCGAUGGCCAAAAGACUGUGAUAUAAGCCCAGCAAUAACAGCUAUGAAAAAAAAAUUAGCCAAUUGUCAGUGGGAGGUAGUUGCAACAAAAUUACGAGCAUAUGGAGAAUGGGUCAAAAUGCGUGAAAUCAGAGACAAUUUGGAAAAGUAUGGUAUUACUGAACUUGAUAAACAUGAUAGGAAACAGUUCACAAAAAAGCAAACAGAAGAUUAUGAUAGUGCAGACGAAUCGGAAGUAAAAGGAACAAAAAAGGGUGCGGCAUCAAAACAAAAGAUUAAAUGUACUCUAAACGUGAAAAAGGGGACAGAACUUUUAAAACAGUAUAAACACAAGCAGAAAUCGUCACAGAGUAAAUAUGUGGACAGUGAUAACGAAUAUGAUAGAGAAAAUGAAAAAUCUCCAGUUCAUAAACAAUCAAAGUCGCAACUUAGUAGAUACAGUCACUGUAUUACAAGAAGAAAACAAGAGAUUACGAAGAGACAAUGAAAGACUGCGCAGAUUACGAUCUGUCAACGAA